AUAUGGUUUUAAUGGGUAGAAGAUCUUGACGCAUCCUAGUCCACUAUAAUUAAGAAUCACAAGCAUCUCAUAACUUACCACCAGCAUACUGUCCAAAAUACACACCAGCAAAUUAAGCAAGAUGGCAUGUGCAGCUCUGGUUGCAGUCGCUGCAAUCCUCUUCUUCUCCACCCUGACAGCAUUAGCUGAUGAACGGGAAGCACUGCUUUGCCUGAAAUCACAUCUUUCAAGCCCAAACGGGUCCGCCUUCUCCACAUGGAGCAACACCAUCUCACCCGAUUUCUGCACCUGGCGCGGCGUCACUUGCUCCAUCAAGCUCCAAGAACGACCUCGUGUGGUUGUGGCCCUGGACAUGGAGGCAGGAGGCCUCACCGGAGAGAUCCCACCCUGCAUCUCCAACCUCUCGUCCCUCGCGAGAAUCCACCUCCCCAACAAUGGCCUCUCAGGUGGCCUCACAUUCACAGCCGAUGUGGCCAGGCUCCAGUACCUCAACCUCAGCUUCAACGCGAUCAGUGGUGAGAUCCCACGAGGCCUCGGUACGCUUCCUAACCUCUCAUCCCUGGACCUAACCAGCAACAACCUCCAUGGCAGAAUCCCACCAUUGCUUGGGAGCUCAUCGGCGUUGGAGUCUGUCGGCCUCGCGGACAACUACCUGACCGGAGAGAUCCCAUUGUUCUUGGCUAAUGCGUCGUCACUCCGCUAUCUUUCACUGAAGAACAAUAGCCUCUACGGGAGCAUCCCUGCAGCACUUUUCAACAGCUCAACCAUCAGGGAGAUAUACCUUAGGAAAAACAAUCUUUCUGGUGCAAUUCCACCCGUAACGAUGUUCACUUCACGGAUCACCAACCUUGAUCUUACAACAAAUAGCCUGUCAGGAGGCAUACCACCAUCUCUAGCGAAUCUCUCAUCGCUUACAGCAUUUUUAGCUGCACAAAACCAGUUGCAGGGAAGUAUACCGGAUUUUAGUAAGCUGUCGGCGCUACAAUAUCUUGACCUCUCUUACAACAAUCUUUCUGGGGCUGUAAAUCCCUCCAUUUACAACAUGUCGUCCAUCAGUUUUCUCGGUUUGGCCAACAACAAUCUUGAGGGGAUGAUGCCUCCUGACAUAGGAAACACACUUCCUAACAUCCAAGUUCUCAUGAUGUCUAACAACCAUUUUGUUGGAGAAAUCCCUAAAUCUCUAGCUAAUGCUUCCAACAUGCAGUUUCUGUACCUGGCCAACAACUCUUUGAGAGGGGUGAUUCCUUCUUUUAGUUUGAUGACAGAUUUGCAGGUUGUCAUGCUGUACUCAAACCAGUUAGAAGCUGGAGACUGGGCAUUCCUAUCAUCCUUGAAAAAUUGCUCCAAUCUGCUGAAACUGCACUUUGGUGAAAAUAACCUACGUGGGGACAUGCCCAGCUCUGUAGCCGACCUGCCGAAAACAUUAACUUCACUCGCUCUCCCGUCAAACUAUAUAUCUGGCACCAUUCCCUUGGAGAUUGGGAACCUAUCUAGCAUGUCCCUACUCUAUCUUGAUAACAAUCUAUUGACAGGGAGCAUACCUCAUACUCUUGGCCAACUAAACAAUCUUGUUGUCCUUAGCCUUUCACAAAACAAAUUUUCAGGAGAAAUACCACAAUCCAUUGGUAACUUGAAUCAAUUGGCUGAACUUUAUUUAUCAGAAAAUCAACUGAGUGGAAGAAUACCUACAACUUUAGCGAGGUGCCAACAAUUGUUGGCAUUGAACCUUUCAAGUAAUGCCCUUACUGGAAGCAUAAGCGGAGACAUGUUUGUCAAGCUAAAUCAAUUGAGUUGGCUACUUGAUUUAUCACACAACCAAUUCAUAAGCUCCAUACCACUAAAAUUUGGUAGCCUGAUAAAUCUUGCUUCUUUGAACAUUUCCCACAACAGACUCACAGGCAGGAUCCCAUCUACACUUGGUUCUUGCGUCCGAUUGGAAUCACUUCGUGUAGCAGGCAACCUCCUAGAGGGAAGUAUUCCACAAUCAUUAGCAAACCUCAGAGGCACCAAAGUGCUGGAUUUCUCCGCGAACAAUUUAUCUGGUGCAAUACCGGAUUUCUUUGGGACUUUCACCUCAUUACAGUAUCUAAAUAUGUCAUACAACAACUUUGAGGGGCCAAUUCCAGUUGGUGGAAUAUUUUCUGACAGAGAUAAGGUGUUUGUCCAAGGAAAUCCACACCUUUGCACCAAUGUUCCAAUGGACGAGUUGACUGUCUGCUCUGCUUCAGCAUCCAAAAGAAAGCAUAAGCUCGUUAUUCCAAUGUUGGCAGUUUUUUCAUCUAUUGUCUUACUUUCUUCAAUCCUCGGAUUAUAUUUGUUGAUCGUAAAUGUUUUCCUGAAAAGGAAGGGGAAAUCCAAUGAGCACAUAGAUCACUCCUACAUGGAGCUGAAAAAGUUAACAUACAGUGAUGUUAGCAAAGCAACAAAUAAUUUUUCUGCAGCCAACAUAGUCGGCUCUGGGCAUUUUGGGACAGUCUAUAGAGGUAUACUGGAUACAGAAGACACUAUGGUCGCUGUUAAGGUGUUCAAGCUCGAUCAGUGUGGUGCAUUGGAUAGCUUUAUGGCAGAGUGCAAAGCAUUGAAGAACAUCCGUCACCGAAAUCUUGUCAAGGUGAUAACUGCAUGCUCAACUUAUGAUCCGAUGGGCAGUGAGUUCAAGGCUCUAGUAUUUGAAUAUAUGGCUAAUGGUAGCCUAGAAAGCCGACUACACACAAGGUUUGAUCCAUGUGGUGAUUUGAGUUUGGGAGAAAGGAUUAGCAUAGCAUUUGAUAUUGCUUCUGCUCUAGAAUACCUUCACAACCAAUGCAUUCCACCUGUUGUUCACUGCGAUUUGAAGCCAAGCAAUGUACUUUUCAACCAUGACUAUGUUGCCUGCGUCUGUGACUUUGGUCUGGCAAGGUCAAUUCGUGAAUAUUCAUCCGGAACUCAAAGCAUAUCAAGAAGCAUGGCUGGGCCAAGGGGGUCUAUUGGGUACAUUGCUCCUGAGUAUGGCAUGGGCAGUCAAAUCUCAACUGAGGGUGAUGUCUAUAGUUAUGGCAUUAUUCUUCUGGAAAUGCUAACAGGAAGACACCCUACCAAUGAAAUAUUUACUGAUGGCUUCACACUCCGCAUGUAUGUCAAUGCAUCACUUUCACAGAUCAAAGACAUACUUGACCCCAGGCUUAUUCCUGAAAUGACAGAACAACCUUCUAAUCAUACCCUGCAAUUGCAUGAACACAAGACAGGUAUAAUGGAUAUCUGUGCUCUACAACUCCUUAAACUUGGCCUGGAAUGCUCUGAAGAGUCGCCAAAAGAUCGGCCAUUGAUACAUGAUGUAUAUAGUGAGGUAAUGUCAAUAAAGGAAGCAUUUUUCGCCACGAGCAUUUGACGUUAGGUAAUAAAAUGGUGUCAAUAGAAGUGGAACACUGAGGAAUGAAGCAUGAACGUUAGGUAAUAAAUUGGUGUCUGCAGCACUGCCGAAUUUAUCUUCCGAAGUUUCUUGAUCACUACAGCAGUAAGCUACAGAUGUUUUUGCUGCUACAACACGAUACAUUUGCACACUGUUAUUUACUGAUGCAUUUCAAGCAGCAAUUCCUAUCAUGUAAUAAAAAUUCUUGUAUAGUUCAAUGAUUUGUUGCCGGGAUGCAGCUUGAUCUGUUUUCAAAGUACUACUACUAGUAAAGCCUUCACGUCACAGGAAUAAAGAAAAAUAUAAAAAUAGUAUCGCAUAUUCUAUCUUACUUAGGAAAGAUAGACAUAUUUGGUAGAGCUCCAACUCAUAAAUUUAACUUUAGGAAUUGGGUUUAGAGUGGAGUUGUAGAGCAGCCUAAACCCAGCUCCACCUCUGUAGUUCAUUUUCUCUAAUUCAUUUUGUGAGAACACACUCCAAGCAGCUCCACACUCAUUUUAAAUAGAGCUGAAACUGUUUAGCUAGACUUCAGCUCCACCUUUGAGUCCCCGAGGGUAAAUUCGUGUGAUUUUGGGGUAAAUUAGGUUACGUACGGUAAAUUCGGGUGUAAUCUGGAAGCUGUGCCUGAGCGUGUUAAGCAUUUUAUUAGUUGGAAAUUUUAUAGUAUUUGUUGAUUGUUGACAAUUGAAAUUUCUAGUUGGUAUUUUUUUAGUCCGUAAGAUGCAAAUCUAAAGGGAGAUAAUUUUUCUCAAAAAUCACCCGACGGAUGCAUAGGCAAUUCCUCUUUUGUUACGCCAUUUAUACUGGCGUGGCGGUAGUUAAAUGCCACGCCAUGUUUGCUAGCAAGGCACUAUCUUGGCAACCACAACAUCCACACAGAUUGAUAGCCAAAUGGAGGACAUGAAAAUGCCAUAUCUUACUGGUGGGUGUCAACUGAGUACAGCUUCUACAGGGCAUUGCCUAGUUCCAUCUUUAACCAUAAACAUCAGAAUUCAAGAUACAAA